UGUUCUGUGUCGUUUGUUUUGCCCAAAAAUUGAGUUUAUUUCUGUAAAUAAACAAAAAUGAAUGAUAUAUGUUCGACAUGCCUAAGUACGGACCGCCGUUUAAUUCCUUUACAGGAAAUAAAAGAGCAACUACAUACUUUUAAUUUCCUUGAGUUAAAAAUGUCUACAAAUGCAGUCUGUUGGGAAUGUUGGAGUAUUCUACACAAGUUCCACAUAUUUAAGAAAAGAACUCAAACAGCACAAAACAUAUUAUCACAGAAUACACAGAACACAAACAUAAAAUCACUAUCAACUUUGACUUAUCAAACACUUUCUUGUGAUUAUGAAUACAAUUUUGACACAGACCCACUAACCAGAUGUGAAAACAUACCAAAAGCUGAGACAGAUUUGAUAAAACAAGAAUUAAUAGAUGAAAAUGAUGACAAUAUAGAGUAUUCAGACGCUGAUGACAGUGUACAAAAGUCAGACUUUAAAGAUAAAGAUAUCAUUGAAAAUAUUUACAUUGAAGAAAUUAAUACCAAUAUAAACAAAAGUAUAAAACCAGAAAAAAUAAUAGACAAUCUACCCAUCGAUAAUUCUUUAAAUGAACCUCAAAAUGUUUACGUAGAGACAAUAGACACAAAACCCACCAAGGAGUUUGUUAACACUGAAAUAAAUAAAAAAAGACGAGUGAAAUCUAAAAAGGUUUUACACAAAACUCAUAUCAAAGAGAAUGAGAGUGAAAACAAGUUUGUAAAAGUAGUUUUAAGUGAAGAAGAGAUGAUAAAACUAAGAGAAGAAAAGCGAAAUCAUCAUAACUAUAUGAAAUUACCUUUUAAAUGUGAUUCUUGUGUUCUCGGUUUUAUGAGAGAGGAAACUUAUAAUUUACAUGUGAAGAAAAAACAUGAUCCAAGCAUAGGAAACAACAUAUGCAAAGUCUGUAACAUCCGUUUCCCUUCCAAGCUGUCACUAACCAAGCACUAUGACUCUCACUAUGUGCGCUACAGCUGUCUUAUAUGUACUCAUGUGGUACAUGAGCUUAGUGCCGCUGUCAGUCAUUGUAGAGUGAAACAUGCUGAUGAUACCGUGGAUAGGAUACACUGUCAUCAGUGUAGUGUUGUCGUCAGGAAUGCAAAAGAGCUUGAAGAACAUGUACAAUCUGUGCACACGCUAUAUUGUAACGAGUGUGGAGAGAAAUUCAAAGGCAAAGACACAUUGAGAAGACAUAAGGCCCGCACCCAUUCGGCCAAAAGAGAAUUCAUAUGCGAUAUAUGCACCCGAUCUUUUAACACUAAGAAACGUCUAGAAACUCAUAUGGCCAAGCAUAAUGAGAAUUUAGCUAAAAAACUGGCUUACUGCAGUGUAUGUAAAGUGCAGUAUAAGAAUAUAUUUAUAUAUAGGAGCCAUUUGAGAACUAGUACUAACCACGCUGAGAAUGUGUACCCUUGUCCAGUAUGCAAAAAAAAAUUCGCGUCCAAACUGUACUGCAGAAAUCAUUACAAUUUCUACCAUUUACGGAAAUCUAAGUUUAAGUGUGAAAUAUGUAAUAAGCUUUUCAUAUCAGAUUGGCGCGUAAAAUGCCAUAAACAAAUACAUCAUGGUUUGAGCCGGACCAGAGAUCAUCCAUGUAAUAUAUGUAACAAGAAAUUCUAUACGUUAGCAAUGCUUCGGAUGCACAAAUUAAUUCAUUCGGAUCAACGGUCGUACAUGUGUGCAGAUUGUGGCGACACCUUCAAACAAUCGGCUUCUUUGUACACGCAUAUCAAGCUUGUACAUAAAGGAGGGGGGCGUAAGAAGUAAUGGGGAUGUGGAAAAAUUGUUGCGCUACUUUGCGCAAAGGUUGUGUACUGUUGCGCAAAGGUUGUGUACUGUUGCGCAACUUUGCGCAAAGGUAUUCCGUUGUUGCGCAAAAGAAGUGUGAUGUUGUGCAACUUUGCGCAAAGGUUUUGUGUGUUGUUGCGCAACUUGGCGCAAAGAAUUUCGUGCUAGGCAUAAAUAGUCAAUAUUGAUGCUGUUUAUUUAUGAAUAAUUUGCAAUGUGAUUGUAAUUAUUUCAUCCUCCGAGCCUUUUUCCCAAACUACGUU